AUGGCCGAUAAUGACCGCCUGGCGACGCCGCCGCAUCUACCAGAUGUGGCGAGAAAUCGACUCCCGACGCUUUUUGAAGUGCUGAGCCGGCGAACGCUGCCACCGGUGGACUUGUUUUCAUUCUACAUUUAUAUGCGAGACCAACAGAGGUCAGUUGAUUAUCUCGAUUUCUGGCUGGAUGUCGCCCAACACAUGUCGCUGUGCCGACACUAUGUGCGCGAGCUGCGACGAUCUGUUCUUGUUGCGACGCCGGACAUUGAGAAGACGAAUUCAAAGCGAUCAUCGCAAAUUCUGGAGAAUAUUGGGGAUUUGGAAUCGCGCCCAGCUGGACCGUCAAUGUAUUCGACCGAGAAGGAGAGGGACCAAGAUGCUCAAAUGUCAGCCUUUUUGCGCGAGGAACAGACCCAAGACUCCCCUCACAGUGGCUCUGGUAUUGCCCGACCCAGCCCUCCCUUCAGCACGCCUCGCGAUUUGACUGAUUCGAACUCGCCAUCUCAUACUGUUGCCCGACAAGAUAUCAGAGCAUCUGCGGAGAAGAUCUUGUAUACCUUCCUGCUUCCUGGGGCAGAGCGAGAAAUUACCCUUCCCGGAUCUAUUACGCAAGAUGUUACGACUGCCAUUGAGGAAUAUGGCCGCGAUGAUCCAGAGGUGUUCGAUGUUGCCAAAGACUACGUUUUCCAAGCUAUGGAGCGGGAUGCCUUUCCUGGGUUCUUGAGGAUGAAGGCCCUGGGCAACUUGAUUCCUCCUACUCUUGUGAUGCGUCUUAUCAUUGGACUGGUUUCUAUGUUUGGAGCGUUUUGGGCAGCAUUCAUUCUCAUAUUUCUGGACAAGUCUCGUCAGACGAGAUGCUGGCUCAUACUGCCAUUCACCGUUGGUGUCUAUUUCUUAUCCUCGUACCAAUACUCGUUGGAUCCGAUCAUGGCCCUCAUUGGCUACAGUGAAUACACGCCUUUUAAUUUUUCGCGAAUUCGAGAACCCUAUGUUCGUCAGCUUCUUGCCAAGCGAGCCAUGAUGGUAUUGGCCAUUACCAUUCUCAUCGAUGCGGCUCUUUGCGUUCUGUUUAUUCUCGUACCAGGCAAGAGGCUGUGA